AAAUAAAUGAAGAAUAAGGGCGAUUCCCAAAGUAACUACUAACUAGAAAUUCCUCUUCUCAGGUCCAAAAAAGAUAUGGAGAACACUGAAAUGGAAAAUAAUGUGGUUGGAGCUACAACUGGGAACGAGCGAUUGAGUGAUCAAACCAAUCCAAAACACUAUAAAAAUGUGCACACUAUUAUUGGAGAUUGUGGCCAUGGUGACACUAAUUCUUCUUAUCCCCAAUUUUCCAAGGGUAUUAGUGUUUGCAACCCUAAUAUGAGGAACCCUAAUAAUGGUCCAGAUGAUCAGCUAGUCCAAUUUGCUGAACUCAUUUUAGGACCUAAUAAGUUUGAUCCAAACAUGGAUCCUAAGAAAAUCAACAAAAUGAUCUCGAAUCGGCUCUCUGCACAGAGAUCUAGACAAAGGAAAGUUCGAUAUCUACUCAAUUUAGAAGAGCAAAUGAAAAUUUUUCAGGAGAAAGUAACAAUUCUCCGUACACAAAUUACAUCCUACACAAAUCAAAAACAGCUUUUGAUGUCGGAGCAGACGAUGUUGCGCCAGAAAUUAGAAGCCAUUGAGAAAGAAAAAUCACUUAGAAAUGCUGAAACUGAAAAAAAGAAUGCGGAAUUGAAGAUUCUGAAGGAACUUCGAAUGAAGAACGAGUUGGAAGAGCUGUUUGGAGUACCAAUUUUCAAUUGGGAUGCUAUUCGACAUCCAAUAUCAAGUCGUCCCAACUUAGGUCAAGAGAAGUAUAAUGUUGACGAAACUUCACCAGAAAUAAUGAAGGUGGAAAUGCCACCAAUAAAUGAGGUGGUGGUGUUACAUGCUAAUAAUAUGGACUUUCUAGCACCCAGCGACGGCCCUGCCCAGCCAUUCGGGAGGGAAUAAUUAAAAUUAAAUAAUU